AUGCCAAAAAAGCAGUAUCCCGGUGACUGGGGCAAGCUUUCUGUUCCUGUCCCACCAUUCGUGUUCGAUGUUUCGUACGAAGAGCUGUUCUCACUCAUCAUGUUCGUGCUGUUCCAGCUGCUCAUGCUCACCUGCAUCACUGCACCGUAUGAUAACUUAAUAUGCCUGCAAAACCACCUGUGCGCAGGUUUAGGCGCGUACUACAUGGCAGAGCACCUCAUCGCCAUCGCAAUUUACGAUCUGGCAACGCCACUCGCAAUCAUGUCAGUGGUGCUCAUCCCCGUGCUUUCGUUCUACAAACCGCUCAUAGGUAACAUUGCACUGCUUGUCAGCAGUGCGUACGUUCUCAGCUACGUUUUUACAAUCAUGGUCAGCUUUGAGAUGAUGCAUGCGUUCCUCGUUGUGUACGCUUGCGCUCUUCUGCCCGUUGGUCUGCUGCUGCUGCGGAUGAAGCAUUUUCUUGCGCAGACCAAGGCUAUUAUAUGCGCGUUCUGCUCGUUGGUGAUUAUCAACUGCGUCUCGCCGGUUGAUUUCCUUCUGUACGCACACGGUGUUGUGUAUGAUGUGGGGACUGGCAGCAAGAUUGUGAUCUGCGUGCUCUUCUGUUCAUUUUGGUGCGCUUUUUCUGUGUACUUCACGUUUACCAAAGAGGUGGUCGACAGAAUCGCGGAGUGGCGCGGCAACAAAGGAUGA